CGUUUGCUGUCGCGUUUCUGUGUCGUCAUUUCCUGUCAGAGGAAGAAGACGUUAUUGUACAGACAGGCAAAAGUCCAGUCAUGUCGUGGAUUCGAGAGAGGCAACUCUCCUUUUUAGAAAGGCUCACUGCCAACAUCCUAAAGGCAGGGCCUAUGCCCAAACAUGUGGCCUUUAUCAUGGAUGGUAACAGGCGUUUCGCCCAAAAGGCACAUGUGGAGAGGCAGGAGGGCCACUCGCAGGGUUUUGAGAAACUGGCAGAGACGCUCCGCUGGUGCUUAAACCUGGGCAUUCACGAGGUGACUGUAUAUGCAUUCAGCAUUGAGAACUUCAAGCGCUCCAAAGAGGAGGUGGAUGGUCUGAUGGAGCUGGCCAGACAGAAGUUCAGCCGCCUGCUGACAGAGCAGGAGAAUCUGGAGAAGCAUGGUGUGUGUAUUCGUGUGCUGGGAGAUCUGACUCUACUGCCUGCAGAUCUGCAGCAGCUUAUUGCCAAAUCUGUGGUGGCAACUAAAGCACACAACAAGUGUUUUCUGAAUGUGUGCUUUGCAUAUACCUCAAGAUAUGAAAUUGCAAAUGCAGUGAAGGAAAUGGCAUGGGGAGUAGAGCAGGGCCUGAUAAAAUCCAGUGAUGUGUCUGAGGUGCUCCUCAGUGAGUGUCUCUAUAGCAGUAAUUCUCCUAACCCCGAUCUGCUCAUCCGUACGUCUGGAGAAGUGCGUCUUAGUGAUUUCCUACUGUGGCAGACCUCAUAUUCCUGUCUAGUGUUCCAGUCGGUCCUGUGGCCGGAAUAUUCAUUCUGGAAUCUAUGUGAAGCUGUUUUACAGUACCAGCUGAGUUAUCCAUCUCUCCAGAAAGCUCGAGAUCUGCACAGAGAAGACCAAGCGCUCCAGCAGAUGGAAGCGGAUCGCUCCUGUGUGGCUGAGCUCCUGCAGCAUCGUGGGAAUGGAGAGCCCAUGGAUGCCCAGAGUCGACAGAAAGAACUGUUGAACUACACCGCCAGCCGAGAGGAGAGGGUUCACUGCUUUCUCAACACCCUUCAGCACAAGAGAGACACUUUCUUCAGUGAUUUAAGCAGCCAGGCUGUUGUGGCUUAGCUUUGAACUUUUUUUAUUUACUGAUCUGUAAAUACUUCAAAUCUGGAAGGAUGUUUUACCCCGUUUUAUGGGGCAGUGGAUAUGUAUGCUUGAUAUUAAAAUAGAAAUUAUCUUAAAUCUUCAAAUAAAUUCAGUUUGAUUGAUUGA